AUGCCGGCAACCGUGCCGCCGGCCGCCAACCAUGAAUUGAGACCACCGGCGGAGUACUUUGUGGAUAGUGAUCAGGACGCCGAGGGAGAAGAGACCGACCUCUACCAGAUGGACCAGCAGCUUCAGGAUGCUGUGCACCGCGCAUAUUCGGGUGAAGUCGCGGCGGAAACGGGAACAACCGAGGUUGACGAGGAUUUAGACGCUGAGGGAGAGGUGGAUUAUGACCAUGUUUUAAAUGGUGAAGUCGACGAAGCAGAACCUGUUGGAGCUGUCAAGAUUCCGAAAGGAGCUCCAACAUUGGAGAACGACGAUGAUGCGGACGCGGAUGCGGACGCAGAAGAAGAUCCAGAAUUCAAUGAACAAAGCGAGAGCGAGCGAGCAGGCUCCAGCUCAUCGAGCAAUCGCGACUCCGAUGAGGAAUGGGAGGCAGAAAGUAACGGCCGUGCGGAAGCUGAAGCGGAUAAUAAUACAGUUCGCGGGAAUUGCGUAUUUUGCAAUCAAGAUGAAGACCAUGACCCUAGCGAUGACUUUGAGGAGUAUCUGAGCUGUGCUGUUUGUGGCGAUCACUCUCAUCGGCAAUGCGCCCGUGAAAACAAUGCAUUUAGCGAUGCCGAAGAUGCCGGCUCUUGGAGAUGUCCAACCUGCCACAGCGAGGACUUGGAGCCGAGCCCCAAAGAUUCUUCGCAUCGAAGGAAAAGCGGCCCGAAGAACAUGAACAAGGAGCUUUUGCCGGCUCAUAGUGGCGAGGAAGGUUCCGACUUUCAUUCCAUCUUCAAUACCGUGACGGUUGACGACGAGCUAUUAAACAGCUCGCGAUCGCUGCGGAAGCGCAAAACGCAAUCCGCCGAUGCAGAGGAACACACACCCUUUCUUCGAAAACGACAGAGACAAUCGCCUGCACAGGUCGAGCGAGACGACUCGCAAGAUCAGAUCCAAGAGGACGGAGAUGCUUUGUCCCCGGUCCGCACCCGUUCUCGGCGUACACGGAAGGAUGAGCCGGAACAUUGCCGGGUCGUAGUGAAACAGUUUGGCAAACUCAUCGUGGCCUUCCGGCUGCAUGAGACCAAAUUAUCCAAGAUCCUCAAUUCGCGCAGUCGGUCCUCGAUCAGGAACCGAAAAAUCCUCAAACAACCUCCACCACAAGAACCUCCACAGGCACACUUCGCGCCAAUAACACCUGCCUCUUAUUUCCCCUCUCUUUAUUCAUUCAGUGAUCGUGAGCUGGAGGAGUCCUCAAAAUCCAAGCCUUAUGGAGGAAUUCUUUCUGAGACAGAUGCUGACACAUCCAAAACAUUACCUACCCAUGCUGACCGAGAACGCUUUGAAGCCGCGCGACAAAAAGCUGAAGAGGCAUGGCAAAAACGUCUACUGGAAUCCGAGACUGGCGGCGAGGCUGCGCAGCAUGCUUCCCAGAAAGUAUCGGGUCCUCCAUCAAGGAUCAAGUAUAUCAAUUUUGGCGGGUUUGAAGUCGAGACAUGGUACGCGGCGCCGUAUCCUGAGGAGUAUAGUCGGAAUCGAGUGCUCUACAUAUGCGAGUUCUGUUUGAAGUAUAUGAAUUCAGACUAUGUCGCGUGGCGCCAUAAACUCAAGUGCCCCGCGAAGCACCCUCCUGGCGAUGAGAUCUAUCGUGAAGGUUCGAUUUCGAUCUUCGAAGUGGACGGACGGAAAAAUCCCGUAUACUGCCAAAAUCUGUGUUUGCUCGCCAAACUGUUCCUGGGGUCCAAGACGCUUUACUAUGACGUCGAACCCUUCCUUUUCUAUGUCAUGACCGAGUUCGACGAGUUAGGGUGUCAUUUUGUGGGAUACUUCAGCAAAGAGAAACGGCCCAGCUCAGCGAAUAAUGUCUCUUGUAUCCUUACUCUACCAAUACACCAACGAAAAGGCUACGGGAACCUCCUCAUCGACUUCUCUUACCUUCUCACACGCAUCGAAGGCAAGACAGGUUCGCCGGAGAAGCCUCUUUCUGACAUGGGCUUGGUAUCAUAUCGAAACUACUGGCGACUUAUUUUGUCAUACCAGCUACGAAAUCAAAAGACGCCGCUCAGUAUCGCCGAGCUUUCUGAGCGAACAGGCAUGACGGCGGAUGAUGUUGUUUCGGGCCUGGAAGCCUUACGCGCUCUAGUAAGGGAUCCGGUGACCAGGACAUAUGCUCUUCGUCUCGACUACAACUACUUCGAGGAAUGUAUUCGCGGCUGGGAAAGCAAAGGCUAUGUGACGCUUAACCCAGAUGCUCUUGUUUGGACACCAUAUAUCAUGGGCCGGAAUAACCAGUCGCAAUUCGAUCGCGCCCCAAUACAUACCGUUGCACCGCGCGAAGGGCUUGACGACGAAGAGGAUGAAGCAAAGGAACUAGUUGAAGAAGCUUCCAAGCAAACUCUUACCACCGGCACGGCUAGUGCCGCAGUUGCGGGUAAGGUGCAUGAACCUGCAGGGCCUCCUUCCACGGCUCUCCUGUCCAAUAGUAAUGGCGUCCACCAUCGAGCAUCCACAGACGCAUCCAAGUCGGCCGAGCAAACGGAACCUGGGCCUGCGAGCAACGUUCCCGCUUGGCGGUUCGAGGUAUACCCGCCGGUUCAAGCACCAGUGUCCAAGAAACGUGGUGCCCGUCCUUUUGGGCCUAAGUCAUUCCAGAAAGUUUCUAUCACUCCGAAUACCACUCGUACCAGUGGUCGCAGUACGCCCCGAAAAGCGUCAUUCCUGUCAACUAUCAAUCCAAACGCGAAUGAGUCUGGCGUAAGGCGGGGUCGGAGUGCGAAGCUGUUUGAUUCCCCUUCAAUAGACACGACAAGCGUGGCUACCAACGGUCUAGAAACUGAUCAGCUUGAGCUCUCCGGAGAAACAGGGGCCACCAGCGGACAAGAGCCUGCCCCACCAGCGGAUGAAACAGCGCGUCAGGAGACUCCAGGCCUGCUUGAAAACCCAAUUGAUGCCCAAGUAUCUCCCAAAACGAAUGGCAUCAAUGGACCGACAGCUGUUGAAAAGCAGCAAGAGCCGGUGACACCUUCGAAGGGCAAAGGUGUUGGAGGUAAAACAAAGCUGACACGGUCCGCUAGUCGAAAAUCAGUGGUGGAGAAGAUCGAAAUGCUUAUACCUGCGGAGAGUGAGGGGGUUGGGGUCCCUGACGAUCAUGGGAGCGAAGCCGAUGCAGAGGGUGAUAUUGUUAUGGACGAGACAUAA